CCUUCAGCAUGGAAGGCCCUUUCAUCAGCUGUUAAUCACAGCAGCAGCGUCUCUUUACUGAGCAUUUCUAUAUGCAGGACUCUGAUUCAUAGCACGUGAGCCCAAGUUUCAUCCCCAUUAUACAGACGAGGAAACUGAAGCUGAGAAUCAUCAAGAGAUUUGCCCCAAAACUGAAUUCUUUUCGAGAUUCCAGCUGUUUCUGAGGUCUUCUCAUCUUCUGCUUCCUGACACCUACCUUGAACUCCAGCCAAACUGAACUACUCUUCUCCCCAGAGAGACACCUGGGUUUGUUCUCGACAAGUCCUUAUACCUGGAACGCUGUCUCUCCACCCAAUGCCAUCAUCUUCUUCAUCCCCUGGACUUGGACAGUGACAUCAAUACCUGUGUCUCACCUGGAGCAGGCCCCCCUGUGAUGGCACCAAUCCGUCUGUCCUCAAGAAAUUCCUCCUGUCUGGGGCUUACCUGAUAGAAGCCCCUCUUGAAUGGUGGACCUCUCAGAGGCAGGGACAGCACUUUCAACUCUGCUCAGCCCAAUCUUCAGUUUCGGAGAUGGACCCCAGGCCCUGGCCUGUGCUGGGAGUAGUGUGGUGAACUUUGAGAUCAGCAAGUCCUCUAAGUGUGCCAGCCUGUACCUGCCUUAGCAUCCUGGCACUGGCUGCUCCCUUUGCACGUGGCUGUCUUCCCAUCAUUUAGGGCUCAGUUCACAAGAGAGCAUCUCAAGGGAACUUUUCUUGAUGCACCCACAUCACUUUAUAUUCUUUAUUCCACUAUCUUAUUUUCAGAGCAGUUGACUGCCUGAAAUCCUUAGGUGUUUGUUUACAGUAAUUUAUGGAGGUGUGGGUGUCACUGUACUUUGGAUUCCUGGGGCUGUGUUCUGUGGUAACUGGCAGCUGCAUUCUCUUUCUGCACUGGAGGAAGAACCUGCGGCGGGAAGAGCGUGCCCAGGAGUGGGUGGAGGUGAUGAGAGCAGCCACAUUCACCUACAGCCCGCUGUUGUACUGGAUUAACAAGCGACGGCACUAUGGCAUGAACACAGCCAUCAAUACUGGCCCUACCCCUGCUGCCACCAAGACUGCGACUGACGUCCAGAGUUCAGAUCGCCCCUGGGAGCUGGAUGUCCCUGAGAGCAGGAGCUGUGCUGCUCAAGACAGCAGCCCCAAGGUGGAGGCCCCUGGCCCCCUGCAACCUGCAGUGCAGCCUCCCCCACAGCAGCCCCCACCUUCUUCCCCAAUGCUGCGGCCCCAGGCCAGCUCCCCAUUCCCAAUUCCCAUCUUUCAGGAGGUGCCCUUUGCCCUCUCCCUGUGUAACCUACCCCCGAUGCUGAACCACUCGGUCUCCUACCCUUUGGCCACCUGUCCUCAAAGGAAUGUCCACUUCAGUUCUCUCCCCACAAUGGCCCAGGGGGACCACUGCUUGAAUGCCAAGCCCUUUGCUUCAGAACUGUAGCCUCCUCUCACUGAGGAUGGGAGCUGGAGGUAUCAGGGGCAGAACAGGAAAUAGAGCUGAUCUCAGGGAGGUGGUAUUGACACAAGGCCAGGGCCCAUGUGGAUGUCACCUAAUGAAAGAUUUAAAAAGUC